AUGUCAACUGUCAAUAUUUUGUGUGGCCACCAUCAUUAUCCAAACUGCCUUUACUCUCCUGGACAUGGGUUUACCACUAGAGCUUCACAGCUGGGAGAAGCCAAGCGUGCGUUGGUAAAUUCCGAUAACACUAUCUAUCUAUCUAUCUAUCUAUCUAUCUAUCUAUCUAUUAUGUCCUUGUUACUGGUAGUGUCCAUGCGUUCGCUGGUAAAUUACGAUAACACUAUCUAUCUAUCUAUCUAUCUAUCUAUCUAUCUAAAUGUUCAUGUCUAUCUAUUUCAAUAUUCAGAUCUAUCUAUCUAUCUAUCUAUCUAUCUAUCUAUCUAUCUAUCUAUCUAUCUGUUAGAGCCAGAAAUAAAGACGCAAAGAGAGGAAUUGUUAAUACAAAAAUAUACAAACGAUAACACUAUCUGGAAACUAUCUAUCUAUCCAUAUCUAUACGAUAACAUAUCUAUCUAUCUAUCUAUCUAUCUAUCUCUGGUAGUGUCCAUGCGUUCGCUGGUAAACUACGAUAACACUAUCUAUCUAUCUAUCUAUCUAUCUAUCUAUCUAUCUAUCUUGUCCAUGCGUUCGCUGGUAAACUACGAUAACACUAUCUAUCUAUCUAUCUAUCUAUCUAUCUAUCUAUCUCUGGUAGUGUCCAUGCGUUCGCUGGUAAACUACGAUAACACUAUCUAUCUAUCUAUCUAUCUAUCUAUCUAUCUAUCUAUCUAUCUAUCUAUCUGUUAG